AAUACCUAGUACCUAAGGUAAAUCAAUUAUCGCUUGCGACAAGCUGUCCAGAAGGUCCCCCGAGCUUUCGACUAACUUCAUAACUUUCCAACUGCGCACAACAACGCAAAAUGAAGUUAACAUUAUUUUCGGCUGGGCUAUUUGCCUGCCUUUUCUCUAUGGUCUCAGCGACCGCUUUAACUUACAAGAUCGGCGCUAACGAGAAGGCCUGCUUUUAUGCUUUAGCUGAAAAGAAGGGCUCCAAGAUUGCCUUCUACUUCGCCGUCCAAUCGGGAGGUUCUUUCGACAUUAACUACGCGGUAACCGGCCCUGGAGAGAAGGUCAUUUUAGAUGGAGAGAAGGAGCGUCAGGGCGAUUUCGUUUUCACAGCCAAUGAGGUUGGCGAGUACAAGUUCUGCUUCGAUAAUGAGAUGAGCACAUACUCGGAGAAGUUUGUCGACUUCGAGAUCUCUGUUGAGGAUGAAGUACGGGCUCAGCUCCCCUCUAAGCAAGGAUCGACUCCCGAACAGACGACAGCCCUUGAAGAAUCCAUAUACAAGAUAUCAGGCCAACUAUCUACUAUUGCACGAAACCAAAAAUAUUUCCGCACUCGAGAGAACCGAAACUUUAGUACCGUCCGAAGCACGGAAUCGCGAAUUGUCAACUUCAGCUUGGUUCAGUGCCUUAUGGUAAUCUGCAUGGGCGCUUUGCAGGUCUUUGUCGUCCAAUUCUUCUUCAAGGGCGCACGCAAGGGUUACGUGUAAAUGAAGAAGUUGAAGUAUUAUGUCAAAACUGGUUUUACGGCGUAUUGGUACACCGGUUAGCAUUGGCACCUCAUGCGUUAUGUAUCAUAGGAGUCAAAAUGAAGUGAGAAUUGUCGGGGGUAAUCGGGCGAGAAGUACUUCGGUUAAGACAAAGGAAUACCGGCUAUCCCAGAAUUUAGAAGUACGUGUUACGAUGAUUUGGAACCUGAGCACACAUGAGAUGAGUCGGUAAUUUUUGUGUAAGUGACAUACAUGUAGACUACAUAAGGUACCUCAUUCUGAAAGGUUUAUUACCUACCUAGGUACCUACCUAGGUAGUUGCAUGUGUCAUAUGCCAUUUUAUACAUUCUCGUAGUAACUUAUGAGAAUAUAACACUGUAC